AUGUCAUUUUUUCAGUGUUUUCCAAAAGGACGGACAAAACUAACGUAUCCGACAGCAUUGGGGCAGGAAUUCACCCGGCAAGAAUUACAAAAUACUCCACAAUUUAAUGGCACGAUUCAGUACUUCAGGUCAAUUGUUCGGUUCAUUUCGGGGCGAAAAUUCAUGAAGGACAAAAGGCCUUUCACUCCAGUCCAGCUUUUGAACAGGGAUUCCAGCGAUAUCUGUGGAGCCACAAGUGCAACUAGGAAUUUCGGGAAAACAAAGGGGAAAAAGAUGCCAUAUCACAGGAACAGUUUUCAGUUAAGAAAUGCGAAUCUGAAUUCUUCAUUCAACGCACUACCUGGAGAUGCAAAUAGUAUACAGAUCCGAGGACCUGAUGAUGCGCUGAUUUUCAAGACCGUCAAACUCAUGGGCGGAGAUGAAUGCCCGCAUUGUGCCGAGCAGGGCUUAGAAAUUUCUGCACGGCAGGCCAAAAUACACAGAGAGAAAAUAGAAGACACUAGCUCGAGCAAAUUAGUGGAGUUUCAGUCUGCUAUGCGCAGUUCAUGCGAGCUCCCAUUCUCGUUCUCAUACUUCCUGCAUGGCUUGGCAGAACGUCCGGCAGAUGCAAUGUCGGAGACGCCACUAUGGCUUGCUGAACUUCCAUUAAGCCUUCCUCAGGGUACCCGAUUGAGGAUUCGUUUGAAUGACCAUCUUAAUGGGGAGGAAGGUAAGCGAGCCUGGCUGGUUAUUCUUGAAGGUUGGACGGUAGAGGCCCUGGUUGGAGCGAUAGAAGCAAUGGACGAGGCUGUAUCGGAGUAUAAAGUCUGGGAAAAUGGAAUUUUUGGUUUGAAAUGA